UUCCUCACGGUUCUGGACGGAGUCUCUUCGCGGUCUCAGUUUCAGUCAGUGGAAUUGGGACAGCAGGCGUUUUUGUCAAACAGCGCCUCUCUCCUCGGCAUUGUUUGAGGGAUUAUUCUCAGAAAAUGGAGUCCAGGCCAAUCUUCGAGGCUCAAAGUAAUUUGCGAAUGGUGGUGUUGGCUAUAUUUUAUUUUUACUGUGGUGGUGGGGACGGCUUUACCAUUGAGCUACCAUCCCAAAAUGGUGAUGUAGAAGAGUACAAUAUGGAAAUGACUGGAGUGAGAAACUUGAGGUUCUCUAAUGAUCUUGCUUCACCAUGGCUACAAAUAUGGAGGGGCUGGUUCAGCACAGAGUGGGGACCCAGCAGGUGGCUGAGGUACCCAGGUGACCACUCAGCACGUUGAUCCUCACCUUUGGUGCCACGUACACAGACCUCUCGGCCGGAAUCUCCAGGGAUGACCAGCCCCUCCCCGCGUAUCCAGAUAAUUUCCACCGACUCUGCGGUAGCCUCACCUCAGCGAAUUCAGAUUGUUACAGACCAGCAGACAGGACAGAAGAUCCAGAUAGUCACCGCAGUGGACGCCUCCGGAUCUUCCAAACAGCAGUUCAUCCUGACCAGCCCAGAUGGAGCUGGAACUGGGAAGGUGAUCCUGGCGUCUCCAGAGACAUCCAGUGCCAAGCAGCUCAUAUUCACCACCUCAGACAACCUUGUCCCUGGCAGGAUCCAGAUCGUCACGGAUUCUGCUUCUGUGGAGCGUUUGCUGGGGAAGGCCGACGUCCAGCGCCCCCAGGUGGUGGAGUACUGUGUGGUCUGUGGCGACAAAGCCUCUGGCCGUCACUAUGGGGCUGUCAGUUGUGAAGGUUGCAAAGGUUUCUUCAAAAGGAGCGUGAGGAAGAAUCUGACUUAUAGCUGCCGGAGCAGCCAAGACUGCAUCAUCAACAAGCAUCACCGAAAUCGCUGCCAGUUCUGUAGGCUGAAAAAGUGCCUAGAGAUGGGCAUGAAAAUGGAAUCUGUACAAAGUGAACGGAAGCCCUUUGAUGUGCAACGGGAGAAACCAAGCAAUUGUGCUGCUUCAACUGAGAAGAUCUAUAUCCGAAAAGACCUGAGAAGUCCUCUGAUAGCCACUCCCACAUUUGUGGCAGACAAGGAUGGAGCAAGACAAACAGGUCUUCUUGAUCCAGGGAUGCUUGUGAAUAUCCAGCAGCCUUUAAUUCGUGAGGAUGGUACGGUUCUCCUGGCCACAGAUUCCAAGGCUGAAACAAGCCAAGGAGCUCUGGGCACACUGGCAAAUGUAGUGACUUCUCUGGCUAACCUGAGUGAAUCUUUGAACAAUGGUGACACUUCAGAAAUGCAACCAGAGGACCAGUCUGCAAGUGAAAUCACUCGGGCAUUUGAUACCUUAGCUAAAGCACUUAAUACCACAGAUAGUGCUUCACCUCCCAGCCUGGCAGAUGGGAUAGAUGCUAGUGGAGGAGGGAGCAUCCAUGUUAUCAGCAGAGACCAGUCAACACCCAUCAUUGAAGUUGAAGGCCCCCUCCUUUCAGACACACAUGUCACAUUUAAGCUUACGAUGCCCAGCCCUAUGCCAGAGUACCUCAAUGUGCAUUACAUCUGCGAGUCUGCAUCCCGCCUGCUUUUCCUUUCCAUGCACUGGGCAAGGUCAAUCCCGGCCUUCCAGGCACUUGGACAGGACUGCAAUACCAGCCUGGUGCGAGCCUGCUGGAAUGAGCUCUUCACUCUUGGCCUGGCCCAGUGUGCCCAGGUCAUGAGUCUUUCUACCAUUCUGGCAGCCAUUGUCAACCAUCUGCAGAACAGUAUCCAGGAAGAUAAGCUUUCUGGUGACCGGAUAAAGCAAGUCAUGGAGCAUAUCUGGAAGCUGCAGGAGUUUUGUAACAGCAUGGCGAAACUGGAUAUAGACGGCUAUGAGUACGCAUACCUUAAAGCUAUAGUUCUCUUUAGCCCUGAUCAUCCAGGUUUGACAGGCACAAGCCAGAUUGAAAAAUUUCAGGAGAAGGCACAGAUGGAACUACAGGACUAUGUGCAGAAAACCUACUCAGAAGACACAUACAGGUUGGCCAGGAUUCUUGUCCGUCUGCCAGCACUUAGACUCAUGAGCUCCAACAUAACAGAAGAACUUUUUUUUACUGGUCUCAUUGGCAAUGUUUCAAUAGACAGCAUAAUUCCCUACAUCCUCAAGAUGGAGACAGCAGAAUAUAACGGCCAGAUCACCGGAGCCAGUCUAUAGUGCACAACCAGAAGCUGCCAGCAGUGGAUGCCUCCUAGGACUGUGCAGGUGCAAGGGAAGGAAAGUAGCAAUGUCUUGGUGUGUGCAGGUAUCUUCAGUGUAUUAGCCACUUCCUCCUGUUCAUCCCAGACAAUAGCAACUAAAGACAAGUAGAACGCUUCCCUGCCCUAAGAAAUGUUUUAAUGCCUUUUGGUGAAGCAGAUUUUGGAACAGCCUUUUAAUUCAAUUUGUAUUUAGAAAUUCUCAAAGGGCAAAAAACAAUACUGAAGUUUUAUAAUGUCAGAGACUAGUAUUGAAAGAACCUAAAAACAGUAUGUGUAAAUACAUUUAAAACAAAAAAAGAGUCCUUGGAAUUAAUAGCUACUAAUUACCAGGGUAAUGUUAGCACUUUCUAAGCACUUCUUAUCAAAUCUGCAAUGUUAACAUCUUGCCUGUGGACAGGGCAAAUGGAAAACUAUGUCCUUUUUGUCAAAAUGCUAAUGAUUUCUGUGAAAACUCAAUAGGGUACAGGAGACAAUCAUUCACAUUUAGAAGAGAGCAACACUCCUAGCUUUGUGCAGUGGUGAUGCUGGGCUAAAAUCCUGUGAGCGAAAUGUGGAUUAUUGGUAUUGACCCACUAAGAGCUGCUGUGCCAGCCAGACAUGUAUAUCUGCAGACUCUUCCAGAACCUGGCUUAAGUUCCUGUGAUGAGAGUAAUUCUCCAGUGACUGAAAGUAUGCCCAGAUCUCUCUACCAUCUCAUAGGAACUGGACCCUUUGACCAAAAAAGUGCAAGGUGGGUGAUCUACACCCUUUAACAACACUUCUUGAGUAUGACCUUUAGUAGUUCAUGCUGUACAGAGGCAGUAAGGAUUUCUGUUCCUGGUAUGCCUGGAGAGGGGCCAGUAUCUGUGGUCAUUCAGAACCUGCACCUAAUGGGGGCUAUGUAUCUUUGCUGCCUGGUGAGGGAGUGGGCCUUAGCUAGCAGAACAAAAGUCAUCAAGAUAAAUUAUUUCUGAUUAUUAUAAGUAUGUGGUUUUCAGUGUAUUGGGACCCCCAUGCUAUUCAGUUCUCCCAGUUAUGUGCUAGUCCAACAAAGCUCUCUGGGUUGUUUGAAAUAAUAGAAGCAAACCACUCUCUCUUUCAAAAGAGGAUCCAAAAGCGAUCCCUAGACAGGGCACAUAGUGCAGGCCUGCAACCUCAACACUUGGAAGGCUAAGUCAGGAGGAUUAUAGAUUCAGUGUCAACCUAAGCAACUCCUUUUGAGUUUUAAAGGGGUCUAGGGAGUGAGGUGGGGUGGUGACUUAGUGGUAGAGUACUUGCCUAGCAUGCACUAGGUCCAUCCCCAGUACCCAAAUCAAAAAGUAAAAGCAAAAUAGUUAUAAUGACCAUAGUUUCCAACAAGAAUGCAGAAUUCAGUUCCAAGAAAGUCAGAUCUGACUUAAAGAUCUCUGCAUUCCCAUGGGUACAAGUUGGCAGCAGCCUGGAAAAAGUGGAAGGUUGGGACUGGUAGGCACUUAAUUUCUGCAAAGCAAGUAUCAAGAAAAUUGUACCUGUUGAUGGAUAGGUACAGCUAUGAGGUUCAAGGCUAGACAGGAUGUUUCCUUCUGAGUUAAUGCCAUUUUUUUUUUUUUUCUCACUGUUUUGGGACUUUUAAGUGCAUAUAGUAUCUCUACUUCUAAAUUCCCAGCUAGAUUUUGAAAACAGUAUUGGAAAAUAGUAGGAAUGGCCAGUAUAAAAUGAUGGAAAGAACUUAA